AUGAAAAAAAUACUGAAAAAUAAAGAAGAAUUACAGAAGAAUUACAGAAGAAUUACAGAAGAAUUACAGAAAAAUUACAGAAGAAUUACAGAAGAAUUACAGAAGAAUUACAGAAGAAUUACAGAAGAAUUACAGAAGAAUUACAGAAGAAUUACAGAAGAAUUACAGAAGAAUUACAGAAGAAUUACAGAAGAAUUACAAAAGAAUUACAAAAGAAUUACAGAAGAAUUACAGAAGAAUUACAGAAGAAUUACAGAAGAAUUACAGAAGAAUUACAGAAGAAUUACAGAAGAAUUACAGAAGAAUUACAGAAGAAUUACAGAAGAAUUACAGAAGAAUUACAGAAGAAUUACAGAAGAAUAA